AGCAAAAUGUUAAAAAAUAUCAGUAUAGACCGUGCCGUCAUACGAUAUACUAUAUACAUACGGAGUACAUGGAUCAUUUGGGAAAAUGUUUCUGUCUUGUUUCCUAGUGUUUUUACUCUGUGGCCUGUGUUCUAGUGAUCAAGGUGAUUUAGGAUAUGGACUAAGGAUUGGACACGCUAUCGAUGUGUUUGCGAAUUACGGAGACCUCUCCCAGGUGACACAAGUGGUGUCAGCUGAUUACGAUGAAGAAGAAGAAGACGAAGACGCCAUAGAACCUUUCAGAGAGAAGAAUAUAAAAGUGUUCAACAAUGCGACGAGUCAGGCAUCGAACGGAGACCCCAUGGUCGACAUGAAUGUGCUGUUGUGCGACACCUUCGAUGAUCUGCUUAGGACUUACUUCCAGAACUUUAAUAUUGAAGGAACAGAUACACCAUGGAAAGCGUUCAUGGGCGAUUGGAUUCAGGACGAGAUCAAACGCACAUUCGGCCUCGAGUACGACACGCGGACCGACAAUUGCUGUUACGCACUUGUCAAAAUGACCAAGGUCGACAAAUCUGUCAAACUUGGCGACCUGUCAAAUGUCACUGUCAAAGAGUACGUCACUAGGGCCAUAGACAAACUGAACGUGAGCGACCCGAGCAAUAUAAGGCAGUUUAUGAGGAGCUACGGCACGCAUUAUAUACAGUCUUAUGAAACAGGCAACUUUAUUUACCAGGUUUUCAAAUACAAGAGAUCUGGAUAUAAUCUGUUCAAAACGUACAUACGGACAAGAAACAGUCGCGGGAAGACGGCAGACAACCUACGGUUCUACUUCUCUUCGUUCUUCUUGAAACAAGUUGGCGAUAUACGGGUAGCAAGCGGCAACAAAACUAUAGAGACGUGGGCGCGAAGAAAUCUCCGAGAUAGCCAAUACCUGUACUCUAGGCCGAGCCUUUUGAGGCUUCACUACAACCCCAUUCUGGCCUAUAAGCUCAAUGAUUUGUUGGACAACGGGGCCUUAUUAGGGCUCGGUCUUAAGACCUCGCGACCGCUGUUCAAAGACCGACAGAAGGGCGAAAAAUUUGCCGAGAUCGUCGAGAACGAUUUACAGUUAUGGGAGAUAAACGCAUAGUGUUAAAUUAAAUUAUAGAUACCUUGAAAAUUAAUAGGCUAGUUGUACGAAAAAGCACAGUGUAAUGUUAUAGAGAAACCGUUGGAGGUUAAAUACUGUGUUUCUUGGCUCUCCUGCCUGGAUAAAUGACAUAAUGUGACGUCCAUUCGAAUUAAGAAUUCUUGUACGGUUGAUCUUUUGUAAUAAAUUAUUUUUUGUAGAGCUAAAAUAAAACCACCAUUCUUGUUAUAUAGUUGAACAGGUACCAAUAUAAUAUUUCAGAAAAUCACGGGUAUGAUUAUUACUUACGAAAUAAAAAUAUAUUUUAAUGUUACCAGUAUUUCGAAUAAAAUUACAUUUUAUACGAAGAGAA